ACUCUUUUUAAGGAACGGCAUUAGAAGUUGGCUUUCUUGGUCUUUUCUUCUUAGCUAAUCUAUCCAUUACAUAAAAAGACACAUAAUAUAAUAGUAAUGGUAAUGCAAUUGUCUGUACACUAAGCUUACACCCUCUUUAAAAUUGGGUAGCCAAGGCAAGGUGUCUUCAUUCACACAUCAAUGCAUUCACAUUCAUUGGUGCUCUCUCACAUAGCCUCUGAACAUUAAAGAGAAAGCGAUGAUCAAUUACGCUUCACAUCCACCAGCAUCUCCUGAAGGAUGAGUAAGCAGAGUUGGUUUACGUUUAAUACACUUUAAAACCCCAAAGCUCUUUUCCUUAUCUGGCCAUACUCGCUGACUGAAUCAAAUGUAGAAUCUCCUGUUGAGGCCCAGGUCUGCCUGCAUUCCUGUAUUCAUCUCUGUUCUCCAUUCAUCCCUAUCGCAGACAACUACUUUUACUUGUCUUAUAAAUAUCUUUAUAUCUACCAAUUUCUUCCUACUGUCCAUCCAUCCUACUCGUGGUCAUUCCCUUAACCUCACACUAUUCUAUCGUAACGCUCCUUGCUGUGCUCCAUCGGCCAACUCACCGCAUCUCUUCACUCCUCGACCCUCGCGAUCUAGGACGACGCCCACUUAAAAUUUUAAUCUCCGGCAGGAGGUGGAGAUGGCGCUGGGACCCUUCAGUGUGACGGCGCAGCGAGAGGAGGACAUUGAUUUCUCCAUGGCAGUGCUGAGGGAUAACCAGGCCAUCAUCACCGCCAGACCGACGGUGCAGGAGGACAAUGCAGGAUUCCUCAAGCCCUUCGAUCUAGUGGUUGUAGUAGUGGCAGCAGCAGUGACGGUGGUGGAAGUGAUGAUAGUAGUAAUAGUAGUGAUAGUGGUAAUCCUGACACAGUACCUUGGCCAAAAAGAGUAUUGUUAAUUUUCUUGAUGUUUCUCUCCUCACCUCGUGCAGCUGUGGGUGCUGGUGCUGGUGAGCAUGGUGGCCAUGGCGGGCAGCGUGAUCGGCGUGGUGGCUGGAGAGGGAAGGAUCUUCGGUGAGGCGCCAAAGAACAUCGUGGCCAAGACGUGUAUCUGUGUCCUCUCUAUACUCACGCAGGAUGGAUCCGAAUGGGUGCCGCCCCAUGACGCCGGUCGCGUGCUGCUGACCACCUGGCUGCUGGCGUCCAUGGUGUUCAUGUCGUCUUACGAAGGCAUCCUGGUCGCCAUGCUCACCUUCCCGCGGGUCAUGAUCCCCAUUGACUCCCUCACAGACCUGGUGUACCAAGACCACCUGCCCUGGAGGCUGGAGUACGGCGCCAUGAUGGCACGCAUGAAGGCAAGUCAACAUUAAGUAGCAGUAAGAUGUUUGUCCUCCCUCAUGUCAGGAACAACUUGCACUCUUACUAAGCUUACACAUCAAGGACUGCAAUUUCAAACACUUACAUAGGUAUCUCAUUUCGACUAUUUUUAGCAUGACUAGUGGCAGCUACUGGAGUUUUAAAGGCUGCUUUUAUGGUUCCAGUGACGGGUCAACAAGUAUUCUUGACUAUAAAUGGAAAGCAAACUCAAGGAAAACCAACUCAUCAUCACAGCAGUCUUUGAAAAGAGUCCAUAGAGUGCAAAGCGUUACAAAGUAUGGUUUCAAUUCCCUUACGAUGUUCUCUCGACGUUAAAAGAAGACAGAAGAAUAUUCACAAAAGAGACAUUGAUGUGUACAUAUACAGGUUUCCUUUGAAUGUUAUUUUAAAUUCAUUCCCUUGACAGGAUUCCGACUACGAGGUGUGGCAGAAAGCCUUCCACGGCAUGUCUGGCACCAUCCCUGACUGCUGGUCGGCGCGGAACGACCUCAUCAGGGGAGAGUUCGCGGCGGUGUGCUACGAGAUGACCAUGAUGAAGACCAUCUCGUGGGACUUCAGGUAACCACAUCACCUGUCUGGCUUGUACUCGAGGUGAUGUUUAAACCCAAGACUGCACAUGCUGUACUAAAAUAUAAAGGUCGUCUUCUCUCAUUGGUGGAAACUUAUGACAUGACACUGAUUCCUAUCUACCAACACACACACACACACACACACACACACAGCACCUCAGGCCAGUGUCACCUGUACAUCGCCCAAGAAAGGGGUUUACUCCGUCAUGGUCGCCAUCGCCUUCAGGACUAACUCUUUCUUCCUCGAGGGAGCCAAUGAAAUGUGAGCUAAAAAGACAUGCGCAAACUAUUCGCUUUAAGUUUC